AUGUCCGCCUUAGCGCUCACUGACCAAGCCCUAGCAGCGAACAAAGACCAUCAACAGGACAUACUCGACUUUGCAAAAGAAUGCGAAGCGAGGCUCAAGGCCGUCGAGUCCCUCCUCUCCGCGGCUGACCGGUGGCAGAGCGACGUCGAGAAGCUUGAUGUGCAGAAGCAGAAGUGGCAGGCUGAGGAAGGGACCGCGGACUUUUCGGAUGAAGAGAACAAGGGCGAGGAGAUCGUUGUUGUGGAAGGGGCGAUGUUGGCUGUCGGCCCGACCCGAUGGGCUAAUCUCCGUGCCCAGGACUCUCCAUUUAAAGACUCGUUUAAGAAAGUAGAUGAGUAUCAUGCUCUAACUACCUUUCGCCCGUGGAGCUCCAAGGAACGCGACGGUUUACGUAUCGCGCUCCAGACCGAACUUCGACGAUCGACCAUCCUCGCCGCCCAAGCCCGCGGCGAAGGUGCGAUAUCAGCUCUGAAAUCAUUCGAUCCCGAAGCGGAACUGAAGGCCGUAAAAGGGGAUGAGAUCAAGUGGGACAACGUUGCCCGUAUACUGAAGGGUGAGAACCUCGUUCAACCCCCGAGAACGGGGGUGGAAUGCAGGAUCCAGUGGAUGGGAGUACAGCAUCCUGAAAUCGAUCAUUCAGAAUGGGGAGAAAGGGAGAAAAACGCGCUUGUGAAUGAGGUGAGGGAGAGAGUAGCACAGAGGGAGGCGGAGGGGGACGAUGGAGGGCUACCGUGGGAACAGAUCCUCAUACUGCAUAACAAGAUGUUUAAGACGAGGAGAACCGUUGCUCAAUGUCUAAGAGUCUAUCGCGAUAUAAUGGUCAAUGGACUACGAGAAUUCUGGUCAGCAGACGAAGACGACCGUUUGGCGGACGCCGUUGCGCGGUUCAACUCCAACUGGGUACAAAUCGCCAAAUUCGUCGGCAGCGGUCGUUCAGGGACACAAGCACGCACAAGAUGGAACCGAUUGACUCUCGAGUGCAAGAGAGGACGAUGGACCUCCGAAGAAGAUCAAGCCCUGAUGCAGGCCGUCGCGGAACAGCAAAAGCAACCUAACUUUCCGGAAUCGACCAUCGACUGGGGCGCUAUUUCCGAGAAAGCCCAGGGUCGAACAAAGUCUCAGUGCCGUCUUCGAUGGGCAACGAUCUUGCAAGAAGAAUUGAGGAACGUCGACAAGCCUUGGACGGAGGAAGAGACUGCCAAGCUGCUGAAGGCUAAGGAGCAGGAUAAGUUGACUCUCAAGGAGGUGGCCAGCCGCCUUCCAGGGCGCACGUUCGAGGUGAUCGCUGAGCGAUAUUUCGCAAUCGUACAAGAACGGAAGGCGGCGUGUGAUCGAAAGCUCGCUGCGGCAGCGCCACAGCUGUACACUGUCCCGAUCCCAAGUCAUAGCGCCCAGAUCCGGGAGGCAGCUGGGCAGAAUCCUGCGCAGGACGACGUGAAUGUCACCGUGCCGAUUGUUGGGACCGCUGAGGAUCGUCCGAACGAGUCUUCCGGGCUUCUUAGAACGGUAAACGAACUCGGUGCCGAAGCUUCAGUGCAACAGCAUGAUCGACCCAUCCCUGCAAAACGAAAGCCUGGCCGGCCCAGACGUCUCGUCCCUACCAAAGUCGUACCAGAGCAGAAUAUGCAGGAAGAUCGACCUCUCACACUCAAGUCGGCAGCCCUUCCCACAGAUACCAGCGACGCUCCGCAGGCGACCGCCGAUGUUCCUCUCAGUAAAAUCCCGGAGUCUGCGACCCCCGAUCGCGAUGCGGUUGUGCCCCCUCCUAAGGAAAGUCCCCUCCAAAUAGGGGAGACGGCACCUGGAAAAGCAGCUGAUGCUAUUGUUUUCAAAUUGGAGGAAGACAACAUCGCCGCGAGAGUUCGUGGUCGAAGACGAGCGUGUAUUCAGUCGCCGGCGUCCUCAAUAGAAACGCCACACGGUCGUAAACGAAAAGUUCUAGAGGCUGAGGAGCCGUCCAUCACUUCGACUGCAGAGCGGCCUAAGCGAGGGAGGAAAAGGAAAUGA